AUGAUUCCACAAGCAGCGGUGUUAUUUAGUGGUACUCUGCGAUAUAAUCUUGAUCCUUCUGAACAAUUAUCGGAUGAACAAUAUCUUAUGACCAAACAAAUUGAAAAGAAGUUGGGCGUUGAUUUGGAUGGAGAUGGUGUGAUCGGUUCAAAAGGUCGUGGACAUGGUGGUGGCUCCCAAUCACAUGGUUACGAAAGCGGAGGUUUAGUUAAUCAACUUGAAAAUGUGACACACACGGAUUUCGAUGGUGAUGGACGUAUCGGUAACAAACCUGCUUAUUCAUCAAAUUAUAAUCAACAACAUGGCCAAGCAAAUUUUUCAAACCAUAAUCAAUACCAUGGUCAACCUUAUCACUCAAGCAAUGAUCCUUUCAGUGCUUCACAUGGGUCUUCACAUUAUAAUCCAUAUGAUGUAACAGGUGGUUCAGCAUCCCAUUUUGAUCAAUUCGGCGCUGGAAGAGGCUUGAUUAAUCAAUUCGAACAAGUCGCACAGAUGGACCUUGAUGGUGACGGACGUAUUGGUAAUAAACCUGGUCAUUCUUCAAAUUUUAAUCCAUAUGGUCACGGACAUUGA